AUUUCUGGAAAUAUGAAUUCUGAAACUGUGAGUAACCUUGUUACUACUGGAGUUGGUUCUGAGGCUGCUCCGGUCAAGGUUGAUGAACCUAGUUCGAAAAGGCUGAGACCAGCAACCUCUGAUGUUUGGAAUUUUUUCAAAAAGCUCGGUCUAGAUAAGGAUGGAGUAGAAUGUGCUGAGUGUAAAGGAUGCAAGAAAGUGUUUAAAGCUGGAGAUAAGCGAUAUGGCACUUCUACUAUAAAACGGCAUCUUGAUAGUUGUACUCAAAUUAAGCAUGAAGAUAUUGGUCAGACUAUAGCAGAAUUGCAACUUAAAAUGGGUUCACUUAAGAUUGAUUCAGGAGUGGCUAGAGAUAUGUUUGCUGGGUAUGUAGUUGCUGGGGAUAAGCCUUUUAAUAUGGUUGAUGAUAGGAGAUUUAGAAAUUGGGUGAAAUAUAUUAGUCCACCUUUGAAACUUCCUUCUAGGAAUACGGUUAAGGCUGACAUAGUGAAAGUCCACAAGAGAGAAGCUGCGGAACUUAAAAAAAUUUUAGUUUCCAUUCCAAAUAGAAUUUGCUUAACAUUUGAUCUUUGGACUUCCAGAUUUGAAUUGUCUUCUAAAAUCUUUACGCUUUUGACUGAGUGGAAAGUUGAUAAAAAGAUUUUUUCCAUUACUUUGGAUAAUGCUUCUUCUAAUGAUACUUGUGUUGAACAUUUGAAAAUGUAUAAGAUUAGAGAGGGUAUUAAGUUUCUGAGAAAAUCUGAAAGUCGAAUGGUUAAGUUUAAAGAAUGUUUUGAAGAUAUUGAGGGACUUGAGUAUACGACUGCAUUAUGUUUAGAUGUUCCUAUUAGGUGGAAUUCACUUUAUGCAAUGCUUGCAAGUGCUAUUCCUUAUAAGAAAGCUUUUGAGAUGUAUAAACUUAUUUUAAUGAAUAGUUUGAAGAAUGAUGAAGUGCUUAUAAGGAACAUGGGAGAAAAAAUGAUGAUUAAUUUCAAGAAAUAUUGGAAAGAAUACAGUGUUGUUCUUGCAUUUGGGGCAGUUCUUGAUCCUAGAUUUAAACUCAACACUUUGGUUCAUUGCUAUAAUGAGAUUGAUCCUAUUAGUGCUAAAGACAAAGUGGAGCAUGUGAAGAGUAAGUUAUACAAGCUUUUUGAGGUUUAUGACCAAAAUUCCUCUACAACUGUAGAGAGUUUUUCCCAACUUUCAAGUAAUUUUUCUCAAGCAACAUCUUUUGCAAUUGAAACUCAGCUUAUUAAAAUUGUUGGUGAUUUGAUGUCCCGUAAUCAAGAAGCUGAAGUGAAAAGUGGAAAGAACCAACUGGAUAUUUAUUUGAGUGAGGCAACAUUAUUUUGCAAUGAUGCAAUCAUUGAUGUUUUGCAAUGGUGGAAAGACAACCAUCAUCGUUUUCCAACACUAUCACUAAUGGCACGAGAUUUGUUGAGCAUUCCUAUUACUACCGUGGCUUCAGAAUCUACAUUUAGCAUGGGUUCUCAUGAUUUGAAUAAGUAUAGAAGUCGUUUGUUGUCAGAUAAUGUUGAAGCGGUGAUUUGCACCAGAAAUUGGAUAUGUGGAUAUGAUGAUUUUGAGGAAGAUAAAGAUCAAGAAGAUAUUGCAAAAGGAGAAGGCUAUUCUUCAGGAGUUGGUUCCAAUGAUGUUAUUGACUUAUAUGAAGAUGAAGAUAAAAAUUAAGUGUAUUGAAUUAAGUUU